AUGGCAGCUCGCAAGAGAGCUUCAGCACCCGCGGCGGCCACUGCCGAUGCUGCUGCCACUGUUUCCAACGGCGACAAGGCCGAGCAAAAACCCAAGGAAGCUUCAGAUCCGCCGAUCGCACCACCGAAAUUGGGGGUUAUCUUGAAGCUCUCCCUCUUGCUUUUAGCGCCCUACUUCUAUUUCUUCUUCUACCACUACGAGAUCCAGCAGGAGCUACAAAAAUCCAUCCUCAUCAAUGCCGCGCUUAGCCUUGCGGGCUUCUUUCUGACGGUCAAGAUGAUACCUGUGGCCUCUAGAUACGUGCUGAGGAGGAAUCUGUUUGGUUAUGAUAUCAACAAGAAGGGCACUCGUCAAGGGACGGUCAAAGUGCCGGAGUCAUUGGGUAUUGUUGUUGGGAUAGUCUUCUUGGUGUUGGCAAUCAUAUUUCAAUAUUUUAACUUCACUGCAGAUUCCAUUUGGCUUGUGGAAUACAAUGCUGCAUUAGCAUGCAUAUGCUUCAUGACACUGCUAGGAUUUGUUGAUGAUGUCCUUGAUAUCCCCUGGAGAGUGAAAUUGCUCUUACCAUCAUUUGCUGCACUCCCCUUGCUAAUGGCAUAUGCUGGACAUACAACUAUUCUCAUACCAAAGCCUUUGACUCAAUAUGUUGGAGUCGAUGUGUUGGACCUAGGCUGGAUAUAUAAGUUAUAUAUGGGGCUUCUGGUUGUUUUCUGCACAAAUUCUAUCAAUAUCCAUGCGGGUAUAAAUGGACUUGAAGUUGGACAAACAGUUGUGAUUGCAUCUGCUAUUUUGGUACACAACAUCAUGCAAAUCGGAGCAUCAAUUGAUCCCGAGAAGCAACAGGCCCAUGCCUUCUCAAUUUAUCUUGUUCAACCAUUGCUCGCAACCUCCUUGGCCUUACUCUCGUACAAUUGGUACCCUUCUUCUGUUUUCGUUGGGGACACCUACACUUACUUUGCCGGGAUGACAAUGGCUGUUGUUGGGAUUUUAGGUCAUUUCAGUGAAACGCUGCUGAUUUUCUUUCUGCCUCAAGUGAUAAACUUUCUGUUAUCACUCCCUCAGCUAGCUGGUAUUGUUCAUUGUCCACGUCAUCGUCUUCCUAGGUUUGAUCCCGACACAGGAUUACUAACUGGAACAAAGGAUGGAACGGUGGUUAAUGUUUACUUGAGAUUUUUCGGCAAGAAGAAGGAAAACUCACUAUGCAUUCAUCUUCUUCUCGUUCAGGCUGUUGGUUGCGGCUUUUGUUUCUUUUUGAGGUACUUGCUCACUGGCUGGUACAAAUGA